UUCAUGUUGUUGGCGUUGACUGCUUCUGACACACUCGCCCUACUGGUUCCUUUCAACUGAGAAAUCCCACACUGAACAAUUGGACCACAGGAAGGGAAUUGGAAUAACCCUUUCAUUCUCUUCUGAACAAUUACCAUGAAACAAGCAAUGGAGGAUGGUGUCAGUGUGGUACUAUCCAGUGUGGUGAAGGAUGUUGACCAAGCUGUUAGCAGGAACAUUAAUGGUGCUCAGCUUUUGCAUGAACUACUGAGUGCACCGUGGCUUUGUGCCCUGCUGAAGAUUUAUGAGUGCCUGUUAAAGUUCCAGAGACUGACACCAAGCCCCGUUUUGCCUUAUGCUGCAGGACUCUCACAUGAGGUCAUAACUGCAAUACUGACAGCUCAAAAGCCUUCAGCUCCAGCUAGAGAGUUGUGCAGCCUCCUGAGCUCACCUCAUAUCCAGGCUCUCUUGUCAUCUCAUGACAGUGUUGCACAGUCAGACUAUGAGCCUGUCUUACCCCCUCUGCCUGAUGAAAUACCAGAGGAUGAGGAGGCAAUGAGGAUUGUGUGUCUUGUAAAGAACAACCAGCCUCUGGGUGCAACUAUAAGAAAGGAUGAGGCGACGGGAGAUAUCUCUAUUGCCCGGGUGAUUCAUGGAGGAUUGGCUGACCGCAGUGGACUUCUACAUCCUGGAGACCUAUUAGUGGAGGUAAAUGGAAACCCAGUGGUGGGCCUGGAACCAGAACAGGUCAUCCAUAUACUGGCCAAUUCCCAAGGCACUAUCCUGUUUAAAAUCAUUCCAAAUCCAUCUCAGGCCAUCCUCAGCCAGACACCAGUAUGUAUGAGGGCAAUGGUAGACUACUGCCCUCUGCAGGAUUUUUCCAUCCCAUGUCCAGAUGCAGGAAUGGCAUUCAGCAGAGGAGACCUUCUUCAGGUGGUUGACCAGUCAGAUGGACAGUGGUGGCAAGCCAGGAAACUGCCAUGUGCUACAUCCUGCGCUGGUCUGAUUCCCUCGGCCAGCAUGCUGAAGAGUAAACAGAGGGAACAAUGGUGGUGUCAGCCUUUACAGGUUCAUACCUGCAUCAGACCACUGACCCUGACUGCUAACGAGGAAAAUCCUGCAAAUUCUGAUGAGAAACAUGCAAUAACAGAUCUGGAGGAAAUAAAUUUUGAUGAAGCUGAAUCUGAUGUUACUGAUGGAAUCUACCUGGCUGGUUUCCGUCGAAGUUUCCGUGUCUGGAAGAGGACUUCCUACAGGAAGCGACGACAGUCGUGCACCACCUGCUCCCCCAACACCAAUGCUUUGUCCACCCCCUAUGAGGAAGUGGUUUUGUACCAGCGCCCUCCUCAGGAGAACCACCGCCUCAUCAUCCUCGUUGGUGCUUCAGGAGUUGGAGUAAAUGAACUUAGGAAGAGACUCAUCAAACUGAAUCCUUCGACAUUCCAGGGACCAGUGCCUCACACCACUCGCUCAAUCAGAGCAGGGGAGCAGAACGGUAGAGAGUACCACUUUGUUACCAAAGAACUGUUUGAGUACAUGGUCUGCAACCACAGAUUUUUGGAAUAUGGGGAGAGUAAAGGUCAGCUGUAUGGAAUUAGCACUGAUGCCAUUGAUGAGGUGCUAAAACGAGGGCGGAUGUGUAUCAUUGACGCCGAGCCCCAUAGCAUCCAGCUGUUGCGAACAAAGAAAUUUAAACCCUAUGUAAUUUUCAUCAAACCACCCAGCCCAGACAGACUCAGGGAAACUCGCAGAGAUGCUCGAAUCAUCACCAAUUAUGCCAUCAACAGAGUUUUCUCAGAGGAAGACUUUGCAGAGCUUGAAGAGACAUCAAAGCCGAUUGAAGCAAAGUACAAGCAGUUUUUUGACAGUGUCCUGGUGAACGAUGACCUACAGGACGCUUGCAUAGAGCUCUGUUCCAUCAUUCAGCAGGCACAGGAUGAACCACAGUGGAUACCUGUAAGCUGGGGAAGAGCAGAGGAUUAGCACAGGGGAAGAAUAAAAUACUAAAGAGAUACAAAAUGACAACGUGAAAGUGAAAUAAGAAGAAACAGGCAGAAAUAAGUAUUUAAAGACACGGUGAAAUCCUCAGAGCAGAACAUAAGGAUAAUACAUUUAUAAGGGAUGAACAGAUAAUCAGUCAUAUGAUUAUGAUGUGACACUAUCCAUGAUGUCAUAUCUUUGCAAUUUGGGAACAAAACUCUUUAUUUGUAUCCAGUGGUUGGUAACCCUAGCAACAGUUUGUUGUUUCAUGUUACAUGCUGUUACAUGGUGUUGAACACUACACUUUAAUUAUAUUUCAUAUAAUCACUCCCACUUUUGAUGCUGUUUUUUUCAGUGACAGCUGUUCAAUGUAUUUACUUUCAGUCUUUCAGUCUUUGCCUCUCUGUGCUGUAGUGAUAUCUUAUUGGUAUGUUGUGGUUUAGAGGCUAGGUAGGCUGCAUUUUUAAUUUGA